CGCCCGCAACCCAGUUGCUUUUGUUGAGGCGUUCAACUAUCACUCGUCUCAAAUGAUUUCACCUUGCUAUGAAUGAAAAUAAUCUAAGAUAGUUUGUGUGCAAAUAUUUUUAAACAUUAUACUCAUUGCCGAGACUAAUUGGAAGUGAAAACUGUGUAUUGGAAAAGUUAAUCCGUGGUGACAGUGUUUUUACCAGUUCUCACUUUUUGUGUGACCGUACAGUGUUUACUUGCUGGAAACAAUACUAUUGUGAGGAGUUGAGCUUCACAAUUAACCGUUUGAUGGGAUCUCGUUGAAUACAAGGGGCUGAAGGACGCGCGGCAAAAUGCCGGAGGGCGUGCCCAAGGAGGCCAAAGAGCCCAAGGACGAGAAGCCCAAGCCCAGGGAACCGGAGAAGAAGCGGCACGAUGGCAACACCGUCAACGUCAAAGUGGAGCUCCUGGACGGAUCCAUUCUGGACCUUGCUGUUGAUAAAAAAAUCCGCGGCGCCCAACUGUUGGACACCGUAUGCGACAAACUGAACCUGGUGGAGAAGGACUACUUCGGACUGCUGUACGAGGACCGCGGCGACCCUCGCGUGUGGAUCGACCUGGACAAACGCGUCUCCAAGCUGCUGAAGCGUGAACCUUGGCAGCUGAAGUUCGCAGUCAAGUUCUACCCGCCGGAGCCGGCGCAGUUGCAGGAGGAGCUCACCCGGUACCAACUAGUCUUGGCUGUGAGGAGGGAUCUGCUGGAAGGUCGCCUACCAUGUUCAGCCGUGACCCACGCCCUGCUGGCCAGCUACCUUCUCCAAUCAGAGCUAGGAGACUUCGAGGAAUCACAGGCUGACGCCGCUCACUGCAAGCAGUUGAAACUGGUGCCGCCUUCAGCGUGCACGCCGGAAUUGGAGGGAAAACUCAUUGAGCUGCACAAAACUCACAGAGGCCAAACGCCCGCCGAAGCCGAACUGAAUUAUCUGGAGAACGCCAAGAAGUUGGCCAUGUAUGGAGUGGACCUCCACCCGGCCAAGGAUUCGGAGAAUGUGGACAUCACUCUAGGAGUGUGCUCGUCCGGACUGUUGGUCCAUAGGGACAAACUGCGCAUCAACCGUUUCGCGUGGCCUAAAAUACUGAAGAUCAGCUACAAACGUCACAAUUUCUACGUGAAGCUGAGGCCGGGCGAGUUCGAGCAGUUCGAGUCCACGGUCGGCUUCAAGCUGGCCAACCACCGCGCCGCCAAGAAGCUGUGGAAGACGUGCGUGGAACACCACACCUUCUUCAGACUGACAAGCCCCGAGCCGGCCAAGUCGAGCACGCUGUUCCCGCGGCUCGGCUCCCGAUUCCGGUACAGCGGGCGCACGCACUACGAGUCGCGCGCCGCGCCCGUCAGCCGCGCGCCGCCGCACUUCACGCGCACGCUGUCCCACCGCCAGCUGUCCACCAGGUCGAUGGACGCACUGGCCGAGAAUGAGUCGAUGCCACCCGAAGCCGCCAAGAGGCACACCAUGCCGCCUCAGCCGGCGCCCAGACCUGGAAUCAAGGAUAAGAAACCCCCGCCAGGGGCAGUGAAGGUGAUGCCCACAGCACCGGAGAAGAAGGAGAAAGAGGAGAAGAGAGUAGCUGAACAGAAGAAGCCGGCCGAGAACGGCACGGACACCUCCAGUGAUCCCGGCAUCGCGAACAACGUAGACACCACUCCGAAGAAGUCCAAGGGAGGAUUCGGACUGUUCGGAGGUAAGAAAUCGCCGAAAGAAGAGAAAUCGCCUAAAGAUAAAUCGCCCAAAACUAAGAGUAGGUCGCCCAAAGAGAAGGAUAAGAAAAUCAAAGAUCCCAAAGCUGUGCUUGACACGUCCAAUGAAAGCUCGAACCUUGACACGUCCGGUGAGAAGAGCCCUGUUAAAGAACAAGAGAAACCUGGUUUCACGAAGCCUUAUGAAUAUAUCGACACAGAAAAAAGCCCGACUAGAUCGAAGCCGUUCAUCCAAGGUGCAUUUAGUUAUGAAAAGGAACCAAUCAAUGAAGAAAGACAAAGAGAACUCGAUGCAUCGCAAAGCCCAGCAACUAAAAAAGCAGGUCUUGCUUUCAAUUAUGCUCCUGGCGAAGACAGAAAAGUCGCCGAAAGUGCUGAAAAGCGUAGGUCGCCCGAUGAUCCGUCUAAACUUAAAACACCAGGCAUCGACUAUGUUCAAUCAGCAGCUCUUAAAGAACAGGCUAAAGCACCUAAGAAUAUCAUUGAUCCUACUCUAGCGUUGUUGGACGCAGAAAGAGCUCAUCACGAAGCACCUCACAAAGCAGCUGUGGCCGUUCCCGUAGCGGCCAAACCAGAAAACGAAGUACAAAUAGUUAUCAUCACAGGGAAAUAUAAUCCGAAGAGUAAAAAACUUGAUGACGCCAACGGAACCAUUCUAGUUACGAGAGGCACGUUGAACAAAGCUAAUGGCAAAAUUCAGACAGAAAAGGAGUUGAUAAAUACGAAAUCUGGACAAGUUAGCUACACCGAUCCUGCCACAGGGAAACAGGAAGUCAAAAAUGGACACUUGGAUUCAAAGUCUGGACAUAUAUUGUUUACUUCAGGCGUAGUGGAUCCUAAGACAGGAAAAAUUGAUCCAACAUUGGCUCAACAAUAUUGUUUUGUUGAAAAGUCUGCUGAUAAAGUUGGUGCCAAGCCCGGAAGAGAGGUUGAUCUUGUAGUUAUUACUGGCAAAUAUGACGGUAAACAUAAGAAAUUAGACGCAUCACAUGGUCAUGUCGAAGUGUCCAGAGCAGUUGUCGGUCCUGAUGGUAUAGUCAGUUCCAAUUAUGGACCCAUUGACACAAGAACAGGGAAAAUUGAUUAUACAGAUCCUAAAACGGGCAAACUUGAUCCUAAACAAGCUUAUGUUGAUAAUAAGACCGGUAAUAUUACUGUUACGACUGGGGUUAUUGAUCCCAAAUCAGGGAAGGUGGAUUCAUCACUAGCACAGCAGUUUAGCAUUGUUGAAAAAGACGCUACAAAAGCAAACAGAGAAGUGAGAUUAGUGGUAGUUACAAGCAAAUACGACUUGAAAUCUAAGAAAUUAGACCCAUCUUUCGCACACGUUGAUGCCGUUAAGGGAGUACUCAGUGGCUCCGAUGGAAAAAUAUACACUGAAUAUGGAGUUAUCGAUCCCAGAACAGGAGAAAUCCUGGUUACAGACCCAAAGACAGGGAAACAAGAGAUCAAGAGCGCACAAGUCGAUCCAAAAACUGGCAAUAUUUUGCUUCUUUCUGGAGUUAUUGAUCCGAGAACUGGACAGUUGGAUACAAAAUUAGGCCAACAAUACAGUAUCGUUGAUAGACCAACAGAUACAUUUGCAUCUCUACCUGGGAAAGAAGUUCAGUUAGUGGCCAUCACUGGUAAAUAUGAUUCCAAGAAUAAGAAAUUAGACAAUCCUAAUGGCUUUGUCGAAAUAUCUCGUGCUGUUAUUAGCGAUAAAGAUGGCACAGUCCAUACUAAUUUCGGAGUUUUGGACCCGAAAACAGAUAAAAUAUAUUUCACAGAUCCAAAAACAGGUAAACGGGAUUCAAAACAAGCUGUUGUGGAUUCCAAAUCAGGAAGUUAUAUUGUGACGUCAGGAGUUGUUGACCCAAAGACUGGUAAGGUUGAUUCAGGUCUCGCUCAACAAUUGAGCAUUGUCGAUAGAGAUGCUCCCAAAGGCAUUCCAGAGAGACUUGUCAAUUUAGUCAUUGUCACUUCUAAAUAUGAUCCUAAGAGUAAGAAAUUAGAUCUCACCAAUGCUCAUGUCGACUCUAUUCCUGGAAAAAUUGAUGAUAAUGAUUUGGUUCAUACAGAAUUUGGUGUUAUUGAUCCCAAAACAGGCGAAAUAACUAAAACUGAUCCAAUCACUGGCAAACAAGAAGUUAAGAAAGCAGCAAUUGACUCUAAGACUGGCAAUUUAUUAUUGACAUCCGGUGUGAUUGACCCCCAGACUGGUCACGUUGAUGCAAGCUUAGGUCAACAGUUAACAAUUGUAGACAAACCUAAAGACAAAUUUGCCGCCGUUCUUGGAAAGGAGGUACAGCUUGUUGUUAUUACAAGCAAGUAUGAUCCUAAGCACAGAAGGCUGGAUAACCCGAACGGACAUGUUGAGACUUCUCGUGGAGUCGUGGCCGGAGAUGGAAGAGUUCAUACCAAUUUCGGAAUUAUUGAUCCUAAAACAGGAAAAAUUGAGCACGUUGACCCUAAAACAGGUAAACAAGAGAUCAAACAAGCUGUGGCCGAUCCUAAAACUGGUUAUCUGAUUGUUUCUUCGGGAGUCAUUGAUCCACAUACAGGGAAAACAGACUCGUCUCUUGGCCAACAAUUUACUAUAGUAGAUAAGGAUGCUCGUAGAAGUGCUCCAGAAAGAUACGUUAAUUUAGUUAUUGUGACAUCUAAAUAUGAUGCUAAAAACAAGAAGUUAGAUAUUGCUAACGCGCAUGUAGACACUAUUCCUGGCAAAAUUGAGCCGGACAAUAAAGUGCGUACAGAAUUUGGUUUAGUCGAUCCACACAGUGGUGAAGUAACUGUGAUUGACCCAGCAACUGGCAAACAAGAGGUUAGAAAAGCAUCAGUAGAUCCUAAAACAGGAAAUCUUUUGCUGACUUCAGGUGUUGUAGAUCCGGUUACUAAACGGCUAGACCCUACUCUUGCUCAGCAAAUAAGUGUAGUAGAGAAGCCUAAAGACAAAUUUAGUACAGUACCAGGUAAAGAGGUACAAUUGGUCGUAAUCACAAGCAAAUAUGACUCUAAAAAUAAACGUCUUGAUAACCCUAACGGUCAUGUUGAGACAUCUAGGGGUAUUAUUGCUCCAGACGGAAAAGUACAUACAAACUUUGGAACUAUUGAUCCUAAAACUGGUAAAAUUGAGUAUGUCGACCCAAGAACGGGCAAACAGGAGACGAAACAAACCAUUAUUGACCCUAAAACUGGAAGUUUGUUGCUUACAUCAGGAGUGAUUGAUCCAAAGACAGGUAAAACAGAUUCUUCACUUGCUCAACAAUUGACUGUAGUAGAGAAAGGUGCUCGACCAGCAGCUCCUGAGAAAUGGGUCAACUUGGUUAUAGUAACAUCGAAAUAUGACCCCAAGUCCAAGAAAUUCGAUCUUGCCAACGCGCAUGUCGAUACCGUGGCUGGAAAAGUUGGAAAAGAUGACAAUAUCGUUACUGAAUUUGGUGCGAUUGACCCUAAAACUGGUACUAUUGUGUAUACAGACCCUAUCACAGGUAAACAAGAGGUCAAAAAAGCUACAGUUGAUCCUAAGACCGGAAAUUUGGUGCUUGCAUCAGGCGUAGUUGAUCCACAUACAGGACAAGUUGAUCCGACACUUGGCCAACAAAUAAGUGUCGUAGAGAAACCUGUUGACACUUUCACACCUGUACCCGGAAAGGAAGUUCAAUUAGUUAUUAUUACAAGUAAAUAUGAUCCCAAACACAAGAGGUUAGAGAACCCGAACGGUGUUGUUGAAACUUCAAACGGAAUUAUCGCUUCAGACGGAAGAGUCCACACUAAUUUUGGUCUCAUAGAUCCAAAGUCGGGCAAAAUUGACCAAAUUGAUCCUAAAACAGGGAAAGCUGACACUAAAUACGCAUUCCCUGAUGCUAAAACUGGUAAUUUGAUUUUAAUAACUGGAGUAGUCGAUCCUAAGACUGGGAAACCAGACCCGUCACUUGCUCAACAGCUUACUAUCGUUGAAAAGGAAACUAAGCCAACAGAUAGAGAAAUACAUCUCGUUGUUAUUACUACUAGAUACGAUCCCAGAACUAUGAAGCUUGAUAUGACUCAGAGUCACGUAGACACUGUUCCUGGUACAAUAAGUGCUGAUGGAAAAAUUCGUACAGCUAUUGGCGUUGUCGAUCCCGCUUCUGGAGAAAUCAUUGUCACUGAUCCAAGGACUGGUAGACAAGAAGUCAAGAAAGCUAAACUUGAUCCAGCUACUGGACAUCUGACUGUUAGCGGCCAAGUUGUUGAUCCGAUUACAGGAAGAGUUGACCCCAAUCUGGUACAACAAUACAGCAUUGUUAAUAAAUCAGUUGUACCGCAUAGCAAGCCAGUAUCUAAAGGCGAGAUACGCCUAGUUAUCGUUACAAGUAGAUAUGAUCCAUACACAAAAACCGUUGAUGCUGAAACAGGAAAUAUUGAUGCCUCAAAGGGCUACGUUAGCGCUGAAGAUGGGAAGAUACACACAGAUUUCGGUAUUAUUGAUCCAAGAUCAGGGCAAAUUCUGUACAAAGAUCCUGUCACUGGCAAACAAGAAUUGAAACAAGCAGAAAUCGAUCCAAAGACAGGCAAUUUCAUCGUCACAUCGGGAAUAAUUGACCCUAAGACCGGCAAAGUAGACCCUACAUUCGCUCAGCAGUUAUUGAUUGUUGAUAAGCAAAAUGUGUUGUCUAAAGUAGCGCCAGCCUCCAGAGCUAGUAUUUCCCCAGUAAGGCAGAUCCCUUCACCAAUAAAAACACCAUCAUCUACGCCAGUUCAGUCUCCUAUUCAAUCACCUGUGCGUACUUCAUCGCCAAUUCAGCAAACUUCACCUAUUAGCUCAGUUAUUCAGAGAUCUUCGCCGGUCAAACCGACGACGGCACCCCCACCUAUUCCACCCAAAAGAAAGAUUGUUAAAAUCAUGGUCAUCUUCACCAAAGUGGAUCCCAAGACCAAGAAGCCAGACUUGCAUACGGCAGAAGUUGAACAUCUCACUGGAAUACUGGAUCCUAACGGUCUUAUCGAAACUAAAUAUGGGGUUAUUGACUCUCACAAAGGUCAUAUUGUUAUCAGUGAUCCCAGUGGACAAAAACACACUAAAGAAGGAGUUGUACUGUCUGAAACUGGACAAAUCUUUAUACCCUCAGGUGCGGUGGACCCGAAAACUGGUAAAAUAGAUAACAAUUUGGGCAUGAUUCUUAGUGUUGCUAAACAAGACGACCCAGUCGUAGAAAUCACAACAAUAACUGGUCCCAUCAACCCUAGAAGUGGAAGAGUGAUUAUCGAGGAGGGUUCAGUCGAGCACACGAAGGGCAAAGUUGAUGCUGAUACAGGUCACAUUUCUACCAAAUAUGGUGUUAUUGAUCCCUCUAAUGGUGUAAUUUUUACGACAAAUACCUCCGGAGCUCAAGAUACAAAGCCCGUUAGUAUUGAUGAAAACAACGGCCAGAUCACUAUUGCGGGAGUAGUAGAUCCUAAAACAGGAAAACUUGAUCCCAAUCUUGGUCAAUGUCUUGUCGUUGGUACUCAUAUCGAUCCAGUAGUCGAAGUUACAACCUUCGUAGGCAAGGUAGACACGAAGAAGGGUGUCAUUGAACCUAAGCAUUCAGUUAUUGAGAGCUCUACCGGUCAAUUUAACCCAGAAAAUAACAAAAUCGAUACCAAAUACGGCCAGAUCGAUCUGGUCAAAGGAACAGUCACUUAUAAUGAUCCGAAGACAGGCAAAUUCGAGAGUAAAGAACUCAAAGUCGAUCCAGUUACUGGUCAAUUCUUACUCCGAAGCGGUCAAGUCAAUCCGAAAUCUGGUAAACCUGAUAAAGAUAUCGGAAGAAUGAUCUGUUUGAGAAUAAUCCAAAACAAAGUCGACCCCGUAUCUGGGAAACAAAUUGUCUCCAAUGAUCCGAAAAAUGUCAAAGUCGAUCCAAAGACAAACCAGAUUUGGAUAGCUGGACCCAAAGAUCCUCAAACAGGAGAAUUGCUGUACACUGCUGGACAAGUCGACCCUAUUACUGGCUACAUUAUCACGAUUUACGGGCGCAUUGAUCCUAAAACAGGCACUAUUAUUAGAACGACAGACAUUGAUAAGUCAUUCAUCAAAGUCGAUCCGAUCAACGGUCAAGUAUACACAGCCACCGGUGAAGUUGAUGAACACAAUCAACCACUUUACUCCGCCUCUCAAGUCGACCCUGGAACUGGUGAAAUUUACACUAAAUUGGGCAAGAUCGAUCCUAAAACGGGCAGAUUAAUAAUAAUUAAAAUUUACGUCAUCACACAAAAAGACGACAAAGGUCGCGUUAAGGAAGUCGAUCCCAAAGAAUGCACUAUCGAUGAAACAACGGGCAGAAUUAUUACAACUAAGACAGUUUAUCUCUACCAAAUCGUAGAUCCAAUCACUGGUGAAACGAUUGACGUAGACCCAGACGAUCCAAGGCUGAAAGGUGCCAGAACUACUGUCACGCAAACUAUGACGCUUUCCGGCAAGAUUGAUCCUGUAACCGGCAGGAUAAAGACAGAGUAUGGCGAUAUUGAUCCUGACACGGGAGACAUUGACCCGAGCACAGCAGUAAGAGAUCCAGUCACAGGGCAGUUAAUAUUACACUAUUCACAAAUAGAUCCCUCUCAUUUUGAAGACAAGAGCGGCAAUUACACGAUUGAGAAGGAAACUCAAGACUUACCGGCGAACAUUGACAUCCAAACAGUGAACACACACAAAUUCUCAACGUUCGGCAAAGACGAGAGUCCGGCGCGAGGCGACGAACCCAAAUCGUUCACGGAAUACACGACAAGCGAACACAUAAGACAUCAGGGAUACGUUUCCUCAACUCCUUUAUCCUCAAAGAUCCCGAUUUCACAGCGAAGCAAAAAGACUCCAACGCCACCUGUGGUCGUGAAAACGACUACAAAGCAACUUCUGACGAAGAAUGACGAAGGAGUCACGCACAACGUUGAACAAGAGGUGGAAAAUCUCGGAACCGGAGAAGUUACCUUCUCGACGCACACGAAUAAGGCUGAAACCCUUGAGCCGAUGGAAGGGAAGAGCCCUUAUGUGACCGCGAGGGCUGUAACUACAAGAACAGCGACUACGCAUCACGACUUGGACACGAAAGCCAAGACGCAACAGAUGGAAGAAAAAACAGUAGCACACACAUUAACCUCAUCAGCGACGAGGCAGGAGCAAAGGGUUUUGACGCAAGAAGUCAAAACUAUGGUCACUACUGGAGAUCAGCUAACAAGAAGAGGGUCAGAAAGUUCUGUCAGCAGUGGUGACUCUGGCACUCCGAUAGAUUUCGACGAGGGCGCAGGAGAGGGCCAUUAUUAUUUGACGGAACCCGGCGCGUAUAGAACGACUACGACCACUUCGGUGGUGGGGAAUGCGCCGUUUGGCAGCAUGGUGCACGGGGGCGCCACAAGGACAAGCACCGGUCCUCAGCUAGAAGAAAGCGAGCCCGCUGAAGGCGAGGUGGUGUCGUCGCAAACCAUCAGCUCCAAGACUCGCACCGUCGAAACCAUCACCUAUAAGACGGAGAGGAACGGCGUAGUGGAAACGCGGGUGGAACAGAAGAUCACAAUACAAUCGGACGGCGACCCGAUCGAUCACGACCGGGCGCUCGCCGAGGCCAUACAGGAAGCCACAGCGAUGAACCCCGACAUGACCGUUGAGAAGAUCGAAAUCCAACAGCAAAGCACUCAACCGUAACCCUGUAACGGCUCAAACGGCCGCCAUCUUGACGCGCCGCCAUCUUGUUCUCUAUCAACAAAAUGGCCGCCGAUCGAACACUCCAUCUCGCUUCCGCAACAAGGAAACGAACGAGACAACAAUGGCGACGAAACAAAAGCUACUUGCAUGUAUGCACACAUACAUAGGACUUAAGCUGUAAGUGGAACUGCGAAUAAUAAUUAUUAAGUUAUUUAAUUAAUGAUUAAACAUUUAUAUUGGAUGUUGUGACGUCGAAACGCACUUUAUACUAUAGAUUUAUUACGAGUUAGCGGUUAAUGUAAAAACAAUAUUAUUAAGAGAGCAUUUGCAAUUUUUUUUUAAAUAAGGCUUAGUUUAAGGCAGUUCAGAUUCCGGCUUUUAGCAAUCGAUGUUGCCAUAGUUCGUGUUUAAUUCAUUGCGAAGUUUUCAAUAUGGAUAGCUUUAAAAAUGUCACACGAGGUAAACCACCGUUUUUAGAUUUAAAAAAAAAAGGUAUAUUUCCUCUUUAUAUUUUAUCUUGUAACCACUACAGUGUAACGCGGGACUAAAUAAAGAAAUAUAUAAAGUUGUUUGAUGUUACAUUUAUUAUUGUCAUUUAAAUUAAAUGAUUAAUCGUAUAAAAUUGUGAUUAACUUCUGAUUAAUCAUAUAAAAUUAUCACGAAAAAAAUUAAAAGUUUUCUUUUUAUCAAACAAACAAAAAAAAUAUUUAAUGAUAAAAAAAAUAUUUUUCUUUAUUUUAAUUAUUUUUGUAACAUCAAACAACAACAAAAACUUGUUAACAAAAUAUAAUUAAUAUAUUGUCGUGUUGCUGCAGCUCUGAUUAUAUUCACCAUUAGGUGCUACUAUUUAGGAAUUAAGAUUGUAUGUUAGUGCCCAACUCCGAAACAUGACGAAACAAUAGUUAAAAACUUUAAAUUAACAGAAACAAAAUUUUCCACGUAACUGACAACAUUUUUUUAUAUUUUAAAUGCACAAAUUUACAUUUUUAAAGUACUGAUAAAAUUUAAAUUACUUUUUUUUAAGUACCUAAUAAAAAUUGCAAUUUAAAAUAUUAUGUACUACGAAUUUUAAAAUAAUAAGAUGAAACAAAUCUCGAAUCACCAAUAAUUAUUAUAUACCUAAUAAAAUUAAAAAAAAAAAUCUGUUUUUGAAAUUUAAUGUUUAAAUUUAAAUUAUAAUAUCGUUGAUACUAGUGUGCCUUUUCGAAUAUGCGGGCGGGAAAUCGUUGCCCGUUAAGUAAAUGGGAAAAUUGACGAUAAUACAAUUCUUUUUUUGUUUUAUAAUAAUAGAGUCUGAUAAAUAAUUUGGCGAAAUCUUAAUUUCAAAAUUAUAAUUUGACAUUUUUUUAUUUCAAAUAACAUUUUUUUAAUGAGAAAUAUAAAUUUUUAAUUAUUUUAUAUACAUAUAAAUUUAUUUAAUAUAAAUUUUGACACGUCACAUUUUCGCAACGAGAUUGUCAAUUCGAAUUGUUUCAGCAGUCAUUGCUUUUGGUAUUUAAAUUAUGUAUGAGCAUUGUGAAUUUAAAAAAAAUAAGCUUGGUCUGUGUUAGGUUAGGCCGGUCAGCAUUUCAUUUUGUCAAAUUCACGGGCACAAAGUUCUGUUACAUGAAUAACAGACGACAAAAGAAUAAAGUUUGAUCAUCACAAUAUUUAUUGCCGUAUUAUAUAUUAAAGUUGUUAAAACUUUGGAUUUUUCAUAAUAUAUGUUUUUUUUUUAAAUAUGCAUGCCAAUUUGACAUAAAUUUUAAUUAUGACUGCUGUAGAACAGUGCAAUAGUUCGUAAAAUUAUAGGUUAUAUUUGAACAUGAUGCAUGCCUUAUUUUGCAAAUUAUGUUAAGUCAUGAACAUUAAAAAAAAUAAAUACAUAGUAUACAAUCCUGUUACACAAAAAUGUGUUGUAUGUUAUUCGUGUUACAGCUUUUUUUCUAUAUAUCAUCACUAUUUUUAAUAUAAUCUAAAACAGGACAUUCCAGCUUUGUCAAAAGCUAGGCAAUCUAGCUCUUAUAUCUAAUGUACCAUGACACAAAGUGUUUUUUUUGUCUAUUUAAGGUUAUUUCUAAAUGCAACUAUUAAACUAUCCGUUUGACUCACGAGACGACCAUCUAUGAUUAUAUCGUCUAAAUAACUGUUAAAAUUAUUGUGUCAUCACAAUAGGCAAGCUAGCUCGAUUCAUUAAAAUAAAUUAACGCUAAGAAUUAGUGAUAAUAUUGCCAACUCCAUUUAGUCUUAAAUCGUCUCGCGAGGUCAAAAGAUUAGUUUGAAAUAAUUUAAAAAAUGAUACUGAUAUUGUACAAUUAUUAUUAUUAAUAUAUUUCUUACACGGUAGAAUAGGUUUUGUAACAGAUAAGGUUUAUUAUGAAGUUAAUACUGAUUGUGAAUCAGAUUUUAAUUGUAAACUUGUUUGUGUUUAUUAUUUUUUUACGAAGGAGGUCGUUCAUUUUUUUUUUUUGGAAACUUGGGGCGAAUCGUACUAUUUUUGAUCAACGGAAAAUAGGUAUGCAUAUUUAGUUCUUGAUGGAUUGACAGGUCCUGAAAGGGAAAAUGAGAAGGAAGAAAAAUAAUUGGAGAUAAGGGAACUGAAAAAGAGAGGUUAGAUAGAUACAAAAAAAAUAAUAAUUGAAAUUAGAAAAAUCUUCAUGUAAUUCCAUAAUUUGAAGUACUGUCGUAAAGAAAAUUGUUAACUUUGAUGCAACUGUCUUAGUCACCCAUAUUUUUUUAUUUGUAAUUUGGUUAAAUGUUUACCAAAUUGUGUUGAUAGCUUUGAAAAUAUAUGCCCGAAAUGAAUGAUCGCCCUUGAUGUUUUAUUUAGUGUUACAUUCGCGGAUGUCGCCUGUUGCUAAAAAUAUAUUAUAAUCAUUCGCGAGAAUUAUAUAUUCUCAAUCAUUUUUGAGCAAUUAUGGCGUAUUCAAGAAUGUUAUAGUUUUAGUAAUGUACAGUCGAACAGAAAAUAGAAUGUGUAAAAUCAGAUGCUUCGGCGUCAAUUUUAAUAGAACGUUUAGUUUGAUUUUUUUUAUGUUUCAUUGAAGAAUAUUAAAUUUCUACUAAGUAAUUAUAUAAAAAAUAAGCUCUUUUGGUAUACAACUGAUAACAUAUUUGAACUAGCUCCAGCGAUAUUUUUUAAAAUAAUAUAAAUAAUAUUUGCCCAUAACUUUUUAUAUCGAUGAUAUUGUCAAAUAACGUUAAAGCAAUCCAUAAAUUAUGCUUUUAAAAAUUAUGGAUCCCAUAUAAGAUGAAUGAAUGAAUACAAUCUUUCGUGCAUACAAUAAGAACAACAUUUAAUUAAACAUUUAAAACAGUUAUUUACUUGAUGCGAUGAAGCCGUUACUUUUAACACUUAAGAUUUUUCUGCACGACUGUACAGCCAAGUCUCCGUUGUUUCGUCCCUAUAUUUAUUAAAGAUGUUUAUUUUUCUACCUAUGCGUCUGACCUCGAUUAUUAUUUGUAUUAUUAAUAAGAGGAAGUUAUCAAAUAGAAAUACAAUAAAAUGCUUUGUUUUA